GACUGCUCGGCGAUUGUUUGAGGGAGCCGGUUGAGAGGUUGACAUUUGUGUGUGCCGUGGAGCGGCGCGCAUCCCGCUGCUUUACUCGGGGCCGGACGGAGCCGAGCCGCGCUGAGAGCUCCCCGCGCUCAAGUGGCCGGCUGUGGGCAAGAGAUAUCGGCAGAAUCGCACGUGCCGCCCGACCUGUCUCCAGCCGUUCAUGCUCCGAACCAUGGACAGACUCAGCGUACUGGAUCAGCUUCUUCCCGAGCUGAACAUCCUCCUCAAACUCCUGGACCAUGAAUACCUGAGUGCCACCACAGUGGAGAAGAAAAACACAGUUUCAAAUAUCUUGCAAAAGCUACAGCCUCCUGCAGGGAAGGAUGUGAAUUACAUGUAUAUGAAUACAACAGCACUGCAUAAUGGCACUAGUUUUGUGGAAUCACUGUUUGAAAAGUUUGACUGUGACUUGGGCAAUCUUCAGGACAUGCAAGAAGAUGAUGGAGAUGGUAAAGAAGGCAUCAGCUUGGAGCUUUCAAGGAGUCAAUCAGCUAAAAGUGUUUCUGGGGAGCCACCUCCACCAUUGCCCACAACUCCUCCUCCAGAAGAUUAUUAUGAAGAAGCUCUGCCAUUGGGCCCAGGCAAAGCUCCUGAGUACAUUACAUCUCACAACAGCUCCAGUCCUCCCAAUUCAAUAGAGGAUGGAUACUAUGAGGAUGCAGAUAGCAACUAUCCUGUCACCAGAAUAAAUGGGGAGCAGAAAAGCUCCUACAAUGACUCUGAUGCAAUGAGCAGCUCCUAUGAAUCUUACGAUGAGGAGGAGGAGGAUGGGAAAGGCCAGAGGUUAACACACCAAUGGCCAUCAGAGGAAGCUUCCAUGAACCUGGUGAAGGAUUGCCGGAUUUGUGCUUUCCUGUUGCGUAAGAAGCGCUUUGGACAGUGGGCCAAGCAGCUGACAGUUGUUAAGGACAACAAGCUUCUGUGUUACAAAAGCUCCAAGCACAGACAGCCACACCUUGAAGUGCCUUUGAGCAUCAGCCACGUUGUCUAUGUGCCAAAGGACGGACGCCGCAAAAAGCACGAGCUGCGCUUCACACUACCAGGAGCUGAGGUCCUAGUGCUAGCAGUGCAAAGUAAAGAGCAAGCUGAAGAAUGGCUGAAGGUGAUAAAGGAAGUAAGCAAUCCCACUGGAGGAGGAUUAAAUGGAAACGAAGUUCCUCUUUCUCCUACGCUUACGUACAAGGUGGAUCAUGAUAAGAGGUCAUCUCAGGAUAAACAUACUUCUGACUCUGACAGCAUAGCAACAGCAGAAAACGGCUCUUCUCUGCCCCAAAGGGAGAACCAUGAACAAGGAAAGAGCAAAAAAGGUGGCUUGGCUGAACUCAAGGGCUCUGUGAGUAGAGCUGCUGGGAGGAAAAUAACCAGGAUAAUCAGUUUCUCAAAGAAAAAGGCUUCCCCUGAAGAUACCCAAACAUCUUCUACAGAAGAAGACAUCCCUUGCUGUGGCUACUUGCAUGUUCUUGUUAACCAGUGUUGGAAGGAACGUUGGUGUCGUUUAAAAGGCAACAUGCUUUAUUUCCAUAAGGACCGCACAGAUUUAAGGACCCAUAUAAAUGCCAUUGUCCUGCGGGGAUGUGAGGUGGCACCAGGACUGGGCCCCAAGCAUCCCUUCGCUUUUCGUAUCCUUCGCAAUGGACAAGAAGUCUCUGCCUUGGAGGCAAACAGCUAUGAAGAUCUGGGACGUUGGCUUGGGUUGCUGCUGGUUGAAACUGGUUCCCAGACCACUCCAGAGACCUUGCAUUACGAUUAUGUAGAUGUUGAGAAAAUAGCCAACAUCAUCAAUGCUGUGAGACACUCUUAUAUGUGGGCCAGCUCCUCUCUGGAGAACCAAACAGAGCCAACUGGUGUGUUAUAUGAUGAAGUCCCCUACGAGAAGGUGGAGUCAGAAAAACCAGGGUGGCCAUCAGGACCUCAGGUGAAGCGCCAUGGCUCUUCUUGCAGUGAAAAAUCACGUCGUAUAGAUCCACAAGUUAAAGUCAAGCGUCAUGCAUCAAAUGCCAAUAAUUACAAAUACGGAAAGAACCGGGCUGAGGAAGAUGCUCGGAGGUUCCUAACAGAGAAAGAUAAGCUGGAAAAGGAGAAAGCGUCCAUUAGAAAUGAGCUGAUUGAGCUGCGUAAGGAAAAACGGGAACUAAAGGAGGCCAUGAAGAGCAAAUCAGGGAAAGACUUGAAGGAGCUGGAACAGCGCGUUGCAGCCUUAGAGGAGCAGUGCAAAGCAAACGAGGCCAGACGGGUAGAUCUAGAAAUCAAGCUGACAGAAGUGAAAGAUCAGUUAAAGCAGUCCCUAGCAGGAGGGCCAGCUCUGGGUCUAACUGUAAACACCAAGACUGAAAACAAGGACACUGUUACCCAGCCAAAUGGAAGUCCCCCAGACCAUUUGGUCCCAGUUAACUGUGCAUCAGAAAUGAGGAAGCGAAGCCCCUCUCUCCUUCCUGCCAACAAAGGGACUGUGUUGCAGAAAGCGAAGGAAUGGGAAAUGAAGAAAACAUAAAGGAUCUCUGGGACUUCAUCCCUGAGGUGAACUCCUCUCAGACACA